GCAAGUCAGAAAGGGAAGUGAAAAGGAGUAACUUUUUCGUUUCCCCUUCUCUGCUUUAAUACGGGUUUAAUGCUGCAGAUUUUUUUAAAGGGGAUGUAGCCUACUAUGACGAUUAGUUUGAUUUAGAAAAUAGAUCCGUUUAAUGCAUGAUCUCUUCUUUUGUCUGUUUGCUUAAACGCUCACAGGAGACACAGGACCGCAGUCUAGAUGGCAGCAGUGAUAGCAGAAGACAACGUGUACAGAGAGGCGGAGUUGCAGGAGGUGCCCCCUGCUGACCAUCAGAAUGAAGUACAGCUUCCCGGACCAGAGGGCAACAUCCAGGGCCAGGUAGAGGACUUUCUGGGACCCCAUCCAGAUUAUGAUGAGGAAGAGGAAGAAAGAAAGUACUACAGGAGGAAGAGGCUGGCUGUGGUGAAGAAUGUGCUGGGGGCCAGCUGUGGAGGCAUGAUCGUCUACAGCGUUUACUUGGGUCUGCUGCAGAUGCAGUUGAUUCUGCACUAUGAUGAAACCUACAGAGAGGUGAAAUAUGGCAGUCUGAGCCUGCAGGAUAUUGACAGCAGGGUGCUGAUGGGCAUCAAUGUCACUCCAGUCGUAGGCCUGCUCUACACACCUGUACUCAUCCGGUUUCUGGGCACCAAAUGGAUGAUGUUCCUUGCUUCAGGAAUCUAUGCACUGUUCGUCUCGACCAAUUACUGGGAGCGGUACUACACCCUGGUACCAUCAGCCGUUGCCAUCGGUGUUGCUAUAGUCCCACUCUGGGCCUCUUUGGGCAACUACAUCACAAGGAUGGCCCAGCAGUACUAUGAGUAUGUGAACUACAAGGAGGAACAUGUGCAGGAGCAGAAGCGAAUGCCAAAGGGAGCUUGCCAUCGUUAUGUCAUCAUCUUCCAGUCAAUCUUCUAUAUCUUCUUCCAUCUGAGUUUCAUCUUUGCAGAGUUCCCCAUGAUCUGCUUCCUCAAUUAUCACAUUAGUGACUACAAGCACACUCUCUUCAGUGUCAAGCACUGUGGAGCUGAGAGCAGCGGGGUGAUCGAUGGUUUUAAUAAGACUGUGCUGCAACAUUUACCUCGUUCCACAGACCUCAUUAUAGCAGAGAGUGUUCUAAUGGGAGCUGCCUUCAUUGCCAUGAUCAUAUUCCUGGCUGUGUGUGGCGCUGCGUAUCGACCCACAGAGGAGAUUGACCUGCGCAGCAUCGGCUGGGGCAACAUCUUCCAGCUGCCCUUCAAACACCUGCGUGACUACCGCCUGCGCCUGCUCUGUCCUUUCUUCGUGUACUCCGGCUUUGAGGUGCUCUUCGCCAUCAAAGGACUCAUACUGUCAUAUGGUGUGUGUGCAGUGGGGAUUGAGAAGCUGUGGCUGUUGGUGAUGGUCUAUGGCCUGUCGUCCUCCGUGUGUUCUUCUUUGUCAUUACUGCUCCUCCAGCCACGUUUACCUCGACCCGUCAUGCUGCUGGGGGGAGCAGCAGUUCACCUGAUCCUGCUUGUGGCUCUCAUGUGCUGGUCCUCUUCACCGAAAUCUCCUCAACAGCUGCCCCAGCUCCUAGUGCUGGUUGCUCUCUGGGGCCUGGGCACUGCUCUCAACAAGACCGGGUUGAGCACUCUACUUGGUAUGCUGUAUGAGGAUAAGGAGCGUUUAGACUUUGUCUACACCAUUUAUCACUGGUGGCAGGCCAUCGCCAUCUUCAUUGUGUACCUCUGGUCUGCCCUGCCUAUGAGGGCCAAACUUGCCAUCCUAUUGGUUACUCUACUGGUUGCAAGCUUCUGUUAUGCACAGAUGGAGCGUCGCCUAGAAAAGAAAAUUCCCUUCAGGUUGCCACGGAUUCCCCGUCCACGGCACAAGGUCAAAGGUUAUCGUUACCUCGAGGAGGAAAACUCUGAUGAGUCUGAUUCAGAAAAGAGCGAUGUGGUGGAGGAGAUAGAAGAGGACCGGCAGAGUGAAGGAGAAAAUGAUGGGGAUGUCGGAUCGCAUGGCUCUCAUUCGCCAGGCCCUGAGAGGAACAGGAUCCACGGUCGCCAACGGAAACGUUAUGAUGCUGCCUAUGAGCAGGCAGGGGAGAGGGACGAGUAUGCCCAAGCCAUGUGAUAUGCUGCGCUUUGACUCAACAUGAGUCACUUCCCCACAGUUCACAUAUGAAUGAAUGGGUGGAUGGAUGGAUGGAUGGAUGAACGAACAAAGGAAUGAAGCUCAAAGACUGUUCAGUUGCAGGUGAUGAAUGUAGUGUUGAUGAGAGACCAUGAAACUUGCUUUGCGAGGUACUUUUACAAAGGAAAAUGAAAAGUUCUCAAGUAAUUCUGCAAAACGCGAAGUGAAAUAAGGAAAUAUCCACAAACCAGUAAGGCCAGGUGGUCUUUCACUAACAGUCAAUGUCGUAUGCUGGAUAUUUUUGCCUCUUGCUUUUCACUCGGUUCCUUUUUUCACUGAAUGCCUUUUCAAGCUUUUGCUUUCGUACUGCUUCUUUUUAAGCAGGUCUGUAAUUACUUCAUUUUACAUAGACAUUGUGAUUCCCCUCUUGAUCUGAAAUCUUGCUCACUGGGUUUUUGAUGGAUUUUUUUACACAACCAGUGAAAAGUUUGGACACUAGAUUGAAUAUACUUUUAACAUGGUGUUAAAGACAUUUUGCUAAAUGUGUAUGGUUUCUAUUUUCUUCUAAGCAAGUAAAUAGUGAAAAGUGAAGUCUCAUGUACAAAUGUGAUUGUAUUAUGAUUACUUAAAGUGCACCUAUUAUGAUGUUUUUCAGAUAUUACCUUUCAUGUAGUGUGUUAUAGAGCUGUUUGUGAAUGUAAAACGUCUGCAAAGUUUUAAAAAAUCAAAGCGAACGACAAACAGAGUUAUUGAUUCCCAAAUGAAGGAACUGAUUCCGAACAGCUGAAAUGAGUCGUUAGUAAUUCCAGACUUGGUUAUAGUCCUGCAGUUUAAAUUAUGAGCACAUUAAAGUGCUUAUUGACCUCGGAGGCAUGUAAAUCUAUUGUAUGAGACCGUUAAAACACAGACACAUUUCACAACUAUAAUAAGCCUCUUCAUGAAGCUGUUGAGAAGCUCCUAAGAGUGCAUAAAGCUUCAUCUGGAAUACGAUUAAGAAUUUAAAAUAUGAAACAGUUUAAUAUAAAAUGGUCAGAAUAGUUGAUUUGUUUAAGAAUUUUAUUGUUCACUGAAUAAUUGAAAUUUGUAUACAUAAUUGAAAAUUGUACAAAAUAAAGAAAAUCUUUUUAUGAGCAGUUGUGUCCAAACUUUUGACUGGUAGUGUACUGUGUAUAUAUACACAAUAUAUAUUUAAAUAAACAUCGAUAUUUCUUCACUCA